CUAUUAGGCCCCCGUAGCGUUUCGGUCAUCAUUCGUUGGAUGGUGGAUUUACUGCUGAAAUAUAUUUCAUGACACGUCGUAGCUAAUGGGUUAGCCGUUUUUAAUUGAUAGCUACGGCAGGUGAACGUCACAUAUCUACAGAUCUGUGGAACAUCUCUGUGAUAUCUGCGGAAAGUUUUUGUUUUUGUAUGGCGCUUGCGUUACUUGUCCGAUGCAAGGCACGCUAGCAACGUCUGCUACUGCUGGCUCUGUGUAAUAAGGUGCCAACACAAGUUUGGCUGGGCACUUGUGUGACAUCAUACACCAGGGAAGGCUGCCCUCAUUGGUUUCCCGUGUGAGUGAGUGUCCCAGGCCGGAGAGGACCCUUUAGGCCGGAGCUGCUGGCACCAUGUCAGAGGCCCUACUCAGCUUCCAGGCCCAGCUCUCCGGCAUCAUGGAGACGGUGCUGAAGACGGCCGUGUUCGAGAUCACCUGGCUGGUGGAGAGCAGCUUCCAGGGGGAGGUGGCCCGGAGCCAGCGGGAGGCGGAGGCCCUGCGGCGGAGGCUGCAGGAGGCUGAGCAGCGCUGGAGGGUCGCCGCGGGCAACGGCAAGGUCGCCGCGGGCAACGGCAAGGUCGCCGCGGGCAACGCCAAGGUCGCCUGCGAGAACUGCGGCCAAGUCUCCGCCGAGGGGGCGGAGCGGAUAGACAGGCGGGCCGGGGAACCACUCUCAAGCCAAAAGCGCGUUGGAGAGCUGACUCUCCGGUUGUCAGGUGUGAAGGACCGCUGGGGCGUAAAGGAGGAACAGGAAUCCCUGAGCAGCUGCAUGAUGGCCACAUCCAGCCGGGACACGCCCACGGCCUCCCGGCCACCCGAGACGCCCAGCUCUUUGGAAAAGGACAGCUCUGGCCCUGGGCACGAGGAGGAGGGCAGCCGUCGCAUUCAGGAAUGUCUGAAGGUGACUGUGGAAUCCAGGGGCGGCCAUGGCAACCCUGAGGACGCCCUCUCCACGGACUCCGCCGAGCUUCUGGGGGAGCCGGGCUGGGAGGGGGACCCCGAGGGGCCCAAGCUCGCCAGGCCUGCCCUGGGGUUCGCCGCGUACGACCGGCAUGGCGUCACCGGGGGAGACGCGCGCGGGCGUGGUCUGUCCCCGCCGGCGGCCGGCAGAGACGGCAUCCAGAUAGAGAACGUGGUCAGCCUGUCCCGGCCCCAGGCCUGCUCGGCCCGGCGGCGGGCGAGGAAGGCGCGGGACGCGGUGGCGCUGGAGCUGGCCCCGGCCCGGUCCGCCGUCUCCCCCCUGCGGUCCGCCGUCUCCCCCCUGCACGCCUCCGCCGCCGGCCUCUCCGCGCCCGGGGAGGCGCAGGCGCUCCAGGGCGUCGCCCCCGGCGACAAGCCCAUCAGCUGCGUCUACUGCGGCAAGAGCUUCAGCUACGUGAGCCGCCUGAAGAUCCACCUGCUCAAGCACACGGGCGAGAAGCCGUACUCCUGCUCCCAGUGCGGCAAGCGCUUCACCAUCGCCCGCAACCUGGAGAGGCACCAGCACAUCCACUGGGGCGACGCCGCCUUCUGCUGCUCCCAGUGCGGCAAGAGGUUCAAGAGGGCCGACCACCUGAAGGUGCACCAGCGCGUGCACACGGGCGAGAGGCCGUACUCCUGCUCCCAGUGCAGCAAGCGUUUCCGCUUCUCCGGGGACCUGAACACGCACAAGCGCGUGCACACCGGGGAGAAACCGUACUGCUGCACGCUCUGCGGAACGCGCUUCAGCCAGCUGCGCCAGCUCAAGGCGCACCAGAGGAACCACAGGAGCCUGAGCAGGUUCGAGCAGCUCAUCAAGUCCCCGUGUCUGACCGUAACUUGGGAGGAAAGUUUGUUCCUGGGCACUGAAGCCACCGUGUCCGCUAUGUCAGAGACCAUGCUGGCCUUCCACUCCCAGCUCUCCGUGGUCAUGGAGACGGUCCUGAAGGCGGCCAUGUUUGAGAUCACGCGGCUGGUGGAGGCGAGCUUCCUGGAGGAAGUGAUGCGGGGCAGACAGGAAGUGGAGGCUCUGAAGCAGAGGCUGCAGCGGUCGGAGCGGAGGUUGGGGUCCCGGGAGGGGGGCAGGGAGGGGGGCAGGAAGGCCCGGUGCGGGGGCUGCGGCCGGGAGGAAGACCCACAGCCUGGGGCUGUGAAGGAAGAGAGGGACACGGAGGGGGACCCCAGCAGCUGUGAGAGGGAUGCGGAGGGUCCUUUGACCUUUGACCCCAGCAGCUGUGUUUGGGAAGUGCCCGAUUCCCCACAGGAAGUGGCCAUGCCCGCCAGAACUCCACACACUAUAGAUCUGGAGGAGGACAGGGCCGACUCGGUGCCCAGCGCAGACGAUCUGAAAGAGGUCCCCGGCACAGUGGCCGCCCCGCGCGCGGGGGAGGAGGGGGGGGGAGGGCGGGCGGACCUGUGCAGACCAAAGCCCCGCCCCCAGCCCAGCGCCGGAGCGUUCGGGCUCGAGAGAGCAGCCCCCGUGGCGGUGAAGGUGGAGGGCGGGGCUCUCAAACAGGAAGAGGAGGAGCCGGGGCACACGGAACACGGCGAGGAGCGCGAUGAAACCCCGCCCCGCGUCGCCACGCCCCUCGAGCCGGCGAGCACGCCGCUGCCUCGCCCGGAGCCUCCGCACGGUCGCCUGGACGACAGAGACCCGGGGGCCGGGAGUCUGGAGCCCCUCCCCGGGGAGAGGUCCUUCUCCUGUCUGCACUGCGGGAAGAGCUUCAGCCAGCUACGCAACCUGCGGGACCACCAGCGCUACCACACCGGCAACAAGACGCACCGCUGCGCCCACUGCGGCAAGGGCUUCGUCUACAUGUGCCACCUGAAGGUGCACCUGCAGAGCCACACGGGGGAGAGACCCUACAGCUGCGCGCAGUGCGGGAAGACCUUCACCUACCUGUGCAACCUGAAGUCUCACCAGCAGUACCACACGGGGGAGAAGCCCUACAGCUGCGCGCAGUGCGGGAAGGGCUUCCGCCACCUCAGCCACCUGAAGAAGCACCGCUUCAUGCACACGGGGGAGAGGCCGCACCGCUGCACCGACUGCGGGAAGCGAUUCGCCGCCAACGGCGACCUGAAGAGACACCAGCGCAUUCACACCAGACAUCAUUCUCUGCUGCACCCCAGAAAGCCCCACUCACCCUGGAGUGCUGCUCUAGAGAGCCCCGCCCACCCAGGAGUACCUGAGAACACACCCCGGUCCAGGAUGUGGGAGGACGCGCGGACCUCCUUCCACUCCCAGCUGGGCUCGGUGAUGGAGUCCCUCCUGGCCGCGGCCGUGUGCCAGAUCAGCCGCAUCUUCGAGGGCAGCCUCUCGGACUCGCGCGCGGAGGUGCAGCGGGCCAGGGAGGAAGUGGCGCUGCUGAACAGGAAGCUGGAGACGCUGGAGGGCCGGCUGAAGGAGGCCAGCUCCACCAGAGAUGCCGUGACCUUUGACCCCGGCAGCUUCGCUCCGGCUCCAGGCGUUCCCCUCCUCCUGCCUGACCUGCUCCCCCAUGACGAGGGGGGGGUGAAGGAGGACCUGGAGGUGACCGAGAUGGAGCUGGUCAGCUUCAGCCUGGACAGCGCCGUGGUCUCCAUGGCCAUCAAAGAGGAGUGCCCCGUAGACCCCCCUCAGUGCCCCGUAGACCCCCCUCAGUGCCCCGUAGACCCCCCUCAGUGCCCCGUAGACCCCCCUCAGUGCCCCGUAGACCCCCCUCAGUGCCCCGUAGACCCCCCUCAGUGCCUCGUAGACCCCCCUCAGUGCUCCGAGCAGGAUCCUGAGCCGCUGUCGGAGGAGCGGAUGGGCCCCGAGGAGGCCGGCCCCGGGGCCACAGGAGCCAUGGGACUGAAGGCGGAAGGCGAGAUUCAAAGGGCCGUGCGGAGUGCCGGGCCCAAACCGCUCCAGAACCCGGAGCUGCUCCUGGACCUGUUAACGGAGCACGUUCCGGUCCAGCCCAGCUUCUCGUCGGACGGGUCCGGCAGCCUGGGAACACCGCGGCGGUCCGGAGGGCUCGACGAGCACCCGGGCCCGUUUGGAAGCGUGGCGGCCGCUGGCGAGGAAGGUUCCGGUUUCUCGCCCGUCCCUGAGGUCCUCGACGACUUGACCGUCACCGCGCCGUACUACCGCCACCAGCCACGCCCCCUCCCCAGCGGGGGGGCGGACACCGGCAUGCCGCUAGGCUGGCCGGACGGCGAGACGGCAUGCUCCGAUUCGCUGUUCAGCGCAAGGGGAGGGGCGUCGAGCAGGGCCCCGCCCCUGCAGGGCCCCCCAGGGGAGAAACCGUACCCCUGCCCCAGCUGCUCCAAGGCCUUCAUCAGCCCCUCCCACCUGAACGUGCACAUGCGCGUGCACACGGGGGAGAGACCAUACUGCUGCACGCAGUGCGGGAAGAGCUUCGCGCACAACGGAAACCUGCGGGCGCACCACCGCCAGGUGCACCUGGGAAAGAGACCGUACCCUUGCGCAGAGUGUGGGAAGAGGUUCAGCAAGCGGGGAAACCUGAGGACUCACCUGCAGCAGGUGCACCUGGGCAGGAGGCCGUACCCCUGCACCCACUGCAGGAAGGCCUACUUCUCUCUGCGGGACCUGCGGACUCACCAGGCACUCCAUGCGGUGCCGAUGUGGGAGGACGCGCGGACCUCCUUCCACUCCCAGCUGGGCUCGGUGAUGGAGUCCCUCCUGGCCGCGGCCGUGUGCCAGAUCAGCCGCAUCUUCGAGGGCAGCCUCUCGGACUCGCGCGCGGAGGUGCAGCGGGCCAGGGAGGAAGUGGCGCUGCUGAACAGGAAGCUGGAGACGCUGGAGGGCCGGCUGAAGGAGGCCAGCUCCACCAGAGAUGCCGUGACCUUUGACCCCGGCAGCUUCGCUCAGGAGCAAUGUCCCGGGCUUGGGAAGACUGCAUGUCUGUCGGAGGGUCCUGAGCCCGGGUCCCUGGAGACGGGCAGCCAGGUGAAGGCUGAGCUGCAGGUGGAGGAGCUGGAGCCCACCAGCCUCACCCAGGACUGUGCAGAGAUGGAACGGUGUGCAGGGGAGAAUCCUGCUCCCUGGCCUGUUGAGGAGGAGGAGGAGGAGGAGGAGGAGGGGGGCACAGGAGUGGCCUCAUACUUGUGCACGGACCCCAGGCUGGAAGCUGUGGCGGACGGCUCCGUGAGAUGGGCGGGACUACCGGAGGGGGCGUGUCCGAGCCCGAUGCUCACUCAGAAGUGUGAGAAAGGGGAGGGGCCGUCGGAGUGUGUGCCACACCAGCCCCGCCCCUCCCGACCAGAAGGCGUGGCUAAGCGACAUGGCGACAUGGAGGGAGGGGCCAGGACAGGGCUAAGCCCUGCCCCCGACCACACCCCCAGAAAUACACACACCCACAGACCUCCCACAGACCACAGACCUCCCACAGACCACACCCACAGACCUCCCACAGACCACACCCACAGACCUCCCACAGACCACGCCCACAGACUCUCCCCCGACUGUGCCCUUUCCCCCCGGCUGCCCUGGCACAGGCCCCCCCAGACACACGCCCUUCCUGGGGGGCAGGGGCAGGGGGGGGCUCCCCAGGGCAGGUUUCAGAGAUCUGCGUACGGAGCGGUGCUCAGCAGUCACCUGCCCCGGAGGCCCAGCCCCUGCCCCGCGGCCGCGGUGCGGGUGAAACCGCCACUGAGCGCCCUGCCCGCCAGGGAGAGACCGUACGGCUGCGCGUUCUGCGGCAAGGCUUUCUUCUACCCCUCCCAGCAGCGGAGACACCUGCUGCGCCACACGGGGGAGAGGCGCUACCCCUGCGCUCAGUGCGAGAAGAGCUUCGUCACGCCCAGCGAGCGCAGCGUGCACGUGCGCGUGCACACCGGGGAGAAACCCUACUGCUGCGCGCUCUGCGGCAAGAGGUUCAACCGCACGGGAAACCUGCGGGCGCACGAGCGCGACGUGCACCAGGGAAAGAGACCCUACAGCUGCGCAGAGUGCGGAAAAACCUUCGCCCAGAAGGGAAACCUGCGGACGCACCAGCAACGGACGCAGCUCGCCUCGGUCAUGGACAUCCUGGUGAAAGCGGCGAUUAGCGAAGUAACCAAGAUUGUGGAGGGAAGCUUGGCUGGUCUGCAGGCCGAAAUCGACGACCGGAAAAAGGAAAACGAAUCGCUAAAACUGAAGCUUCUGGUGAAGGAGACCGAAUGGAGAACGGAACGGGGCGAGCUUGCGGCAGAGGAGGGCUUCCUGGGCGAGGACUGGACCUGCAGCCUGUGGAAGUCUGGCGAUGUGGCGAAACGCGAAUCCCGUGGCCACUUCGCCCUGGACCGUGCCGAGCUGGACCGCACCGAGCUGGACCGCACCGAGCUGGACUGCAUCGUCAUCAAAGAGGAGGGCGGGGCCUGUGCGGGGUCAGAGGUCAUGUGCGAGCCACAGGAGAGCAGGCUGCAGCAGGAAGACCCCGCCCUGGGGGCGGAGCUAGGGACCGAGCUGGACUUUGUGGUGGGCGGAGCCUGGCAGUGUGAGCCCGCCCCCCUGAUGCCCCCGCCUGCAGGAAGAGGGGCCUGGGCUGGCACACACACACACAACACACACACACACACACACACCCUGGGGCCGCAGAGUGGGGAGGGCUUCCACAGUGAGCCCGCCGCCCCUCCCUCCUCCAGCCCGCCCAGCGUUGCCCCCGGCGACGGCCCCCCCCGCUGCCCCCUGUGUGCUAAGAGCUUUAGCUCCGCCUGGAGCCUGAAGACCCACCAGCGGCUGCACAGCGGGGAGAAACCGCACAGCUGCUCCGUCUGCACGCGCUCUUUCCACAGCCUGGACAACCUCAGGACCCACCAGCUGGUGCACACCGGGGAGAGACCGUUCGGCUGCCCCCUCUGCGGCAAGAGGUUCGGCCUCCAGCGCAACCUGAAGACUCACGAGCGCACGCACACUGGGGAGAAACCGUACAGCUGCUCCCAGUGCGGACGGACGUUCGGCCACCUGCAGAGCCUGGAGACGCACCAGCGCAUCCACACCGGGGAGAAACCCUACUCUUGCACCCACUGCGGGAAGAACUUCAGUAUUGCGCAGAACCUGAAGACGCACACGCGGAUCCACACCGGGGAGAAACCGUACUGCUGCACGCAGUGCGGGAAGUGUUUCAGCCAGCUGGGAAACCUGCGCACCCACCAGCGCACUCACACUGGGGAGAGACCGUACUGCUGCACGCAGUGCGGGAAGAGCUUCAGUCUGCUCCAAAACCUGAAAACACACCAGCGCAUCCACAGUGGCACCAGAGCACAGCCCACAGGUCACGAUGGGCCCUGACUCAUCUGUGCAGAGAGCUGAGUGUAGUGAGGUCUGUCCUUUUGCUUUCAUUAAAAGUGUGUGUCUGUA